AUGAGGCCCCCAAUCACUCUGUGUAACUGUGUUCUGACCCCAAAGAGGAAUUCCUUGGGUUUAGCCGCAUUGGAGACUCUGAGCCGCAGCUACCAGAGUGGCCUGCGGGAGCUGGUGCACUCUGGCCGCUAUGACACUCGGGAUGACUUCACGGUGGUACUGCAGCCCUUCUUCCAAAACCUUAUACUUCCAGUUGGGCAGGAUGGGCGGCCAGAUAUCUGCUACUUUGCUGCAGACUGCCUUCUCCCAAGUCAGAGACUCCAUACUCAGCUUGCCAGAGCCCUGUGGAACAAUAUGAUGGCUCCACUGGGAAAUAAGAAAGACUUCUUGAACCUGGAAAUAGAAAUGCCCCUCUUCUGUCCAGAUCCGAAUAUGCCCUAUGUGAGAACCAUCAAGAACAGCAACUACACAUACCCUGGCAAUCCGGUUGAUAAGAAUUGGGGUAGUGAAUUCAACUGCAAGGAUUUGAAGCCUUCUAAGUCUGUUCCCACCUCAGUCCACAAGCUCCGGCCAGCAGACAUAAAUGUGGUGGCCACCAUGGGUGAUUGGAUAACUACAGCAUGGGGAGCCAGUCCAACCAACAUCUCUGCCUCCUUCACAUCGUGGAGGGGACUCUCUUGGAGCAUUGGAGGGGAUAGAGGCUUGCGGAAUCAGACCACGCUGCCCAACAUCCUGAAGCAGUUCAACGCUAGGCUCUAUGGCUCUUCCACCGGCACCUGGAAGGAUAUGGCAGGUCUGAAUGUCGCCAAGGAGAAUGCGAGGGCCCCGAACUUGGUGUAUCAGGCUGAGGAAUUGGUGAAGCUAAUGGAAAACAUAUCUGAAAUCAACUCCCAUGACAACUGGAAGCUGAUCACCAUCUUCAUUGGGAUCAAUGACUUGUGUGAUUACUGUAACACUCUGGAUGAAAAUGCAGCCACUGCAUACUUUGAGGGCAUCAAGACAGCCCUGGAUGUGCUCUCCUUAAAGCUUUCUAGGGUUUUUAUCAACUUGGUGCAGCUCAUGAAAAUGACUGACUUGUAUCUAAACUACAGUAAGCUGUGUAAGCCACCCACCUUGCCUGUGUUCAGCUGUCCUUGCCUCAGUAUUUUCUCAGACUCCUUCAAAUUGGGAAAACUGAUGAUAAUGAACAAAAACUUCCAGAGUGCCAUCCGUAAGUUGUCCUCCCUGAAAGAGUACCAAAACCGAGAGAACUUUACAGUUGUCAUGCAGCCAUUCUUGCAAAAUAUUACUAUCCCACAAAAUAAGGAAGGGAUGAAGAGUGAUAGCUUCUUUACCGAGGACUGCUUCCACUUCUCAGCACGCACUCAUGAUCAGAUGGCCAUAGCGCUCUGGAACAACAUGCUGGAAUCAGUAGACUCAAAGUCAACCAAUAGUGAUUUUGGCAGCAACAAAAACAAACUCAUCUGUCCCACUCCUGAGCACCCCUUCUUCUUCACUGCACGUAAGAGAAAGACAACUGUGACAGUAAAGAUAAAGGAUGCAAAGAAGAGGUCGUGGCGCUUCUGGCUCUUGAUUACAUUGCUAUUCCUCCUCUUCAUAAUAAUUGUCUGCUUUCUGGUAGAGAGAUAUUUUGAGAAGAAAGAAACUAACAUGUAUAUGAAGGCAAAGAAGCGGAAGAUGAAGCACGGUAAAGCAAAGCCAUUGGAGAAUACAGAGCCCAAAGAGGAGACCCCCUAGACCUGUCAUGUGCAGGACUCACUCUAAAUACCCAGCCAUAUUCAUUUGACCAGUCCUUGACCUCGGACACCUCUGGCCACCAAGACAGCAUUUGCGUCAACAUCUGGUAAUGUAGGAGUCAAGGAGACAGUCAUGGUGUCUUGGGGCACGGGCCUACCCUCCUAGAAUUGAUAAAUUGAAAUAAAGGUCAAGGAAAGUAUAUUCUAUGUUUAA